CUCGACCCAACGAGGUGUCUCCGUGCUCCCGAUAGUGCACACCAGCUCCCCGUCUCGAUGCGUAGGACUCUACCUGAGGCUACAUCCAGAACUAGCAUCAACAGAAUCUGAGGCUUGCUCGGGCACGCACGCACACUAUCGAGGGAAAUCUUUACCGACCAUCAUGGCAUCCCCGCCGGUCAAGAAGGCUUGCGAUGCCUGCCACCGCCGCAAAGUGAGGUGUUCCGGAGAGCAACCCUGUACAAAUUGUGGCUCAACCAAUUUACAAUGUACCUACCUAGCAGUUCCGCAGAAGAAAGGUCCCAAAGGCUCUCGGGCCAAGGUCAUAUCUGAGAUUCGACACACGCAAAGGCGAGCAAGCCCAGACCAGAACACGCCGGCGUUUGGCAGAGAAGCCAGCUCUUUCAAUUUCAACAGCCCUCCAACAUCUCCCUAUACCAGAAAUGCGGCCCUGCUCUCACAGGAAACCAUCGUCAACUGCAUCGACUUCUACUUCACCAACAUGUGCACGACAGCUUGGAUCCUUAGUCGACAAUUUCUACUGGAUUCUGCCUCCUCACAAUUGUUGGAUGAUCCUGAACUCUAUUGUCUAACAGCCUCCUUAUGUGCCUUCGUCCUGGUUCAGCCCGGGAUGAACCUAGCAGUCGCGCCGAGUAGUCGCUACCACGGCGAGCCUCCUCAGAAUCGCUAUGGCUACGCAAAAAUGCUGCUGGACGACAUAAUCCGUGUUCGUAAGAACAUCAAUUACAUCGAAUCUCCUACCUUGAUUUCUGUCCAGGUAUCGUUUUUCUUGUUCAGCUGCUAUUUCGGACUGGAGAAUCAGAAUACCUGCUGGUUUCAUCUGCGAGAAGCGGUCACACUGGCUCAGAUCAUGGGCAUGCACGAAGAGUCUUCCUAUCUGGCGGGCGACCCUAUUGAGAAGGUGUACAGAAGGAGAACGUAUUGGCUGUUGCUGGUGACAGAGAGAGCGUACGCAAUGGAAAGACAUCGGCCACUGACUCUUCAUCCGACCAUUGAAUUGCCCACUCCAAUCAACGCGCAGGAAGAAGAGGUCAUUACAGGUUUCAUCUAUCUCAUUAGUCUGUUCCGAUGCAUCGACGACCAGUUCAUGGCGUUGUGGAACAAAGCAACAACAAACUGCUCGGCAGCUUGGCUAUCGCAGCUUCAACAACAACUUACCGACGCACUACCGCCAAAGCUAAAGACUACGGAGAGUCAAGUAGCAGACGUUCGGGUUACUCUGCAUUGGUUGAGAAUCAUGGUCUGGCAGCUCUCAAUCACUCAUGGAUUUCUGUCCUCCACCUCGCAGCAUGCAUCGAUGACAUUCAAAUACCCGAUCGAGGUGGCCAAAGACCUAAUUGAAGAUAUCAAGAGCUUGUCAAUGAACUCUAUGGAGCUUCACGGAAUCGGCUUGAUUGAAAAGAUAUUCGAUGUCGCAUGCACUCUUGCGGAUGUCAUCUCCUGUGUGCCCUUGAGUUCAUCAACAGAAUCGAAUGAGCAGGCGCCUCACGACUAUUUGGACGCAUUUUUGAAUCUGAUCUCCCAGCUCAGAGGUGGUGCGUCCCGCUACCUGCCCCUACUCAUUACUAAAAUAUCGGAGAAUGUACCCAGCAUGGCUGGCCGACCAGGUCCGACGCGCAUGAGCAUCACUCAAGGAUAUGCCGGUGCUAGUGACAACUUGCCCACGCCAUCACCACCACAUGGUAUGCAGUAUAUCACGUCGUCGGCUAUGGGCACUUUUGGACUGGACAGGCAGCAUCAGGCUGGACCGGUGGUCGACACAUACAGCCCGAGUACUCAAGGGAGCGAUACCAUUCCCACGCCUUCGCACGUGGUGACAUCUCCUUCCAUAUAUCCUGCUGGCGCAGGGCAUGAAGCUCAAGUGCAGAGAUCGCAGAUGCCGUUGCUCCUGCCACGGAGUAUUCCGACGAACAUGGUGACUAGUCUUGAUGGGCAAACGUGUUGAUCUACUGCAAAGCUUAACGGGAAUCCCGAAUAGUGAAAGCAAUCCCGAGUAACCUGAGUGGGCCGGGAGAUAUAUUAUGGUAUCAUGGGUAACCGUGUAAUGAAACUCGCUUAACCAAGGUGCAAAACAGCUGCCGCUUGAAUGGUCGAAGUAGCAGUUUGGCACCGCAUUGAAGAGGAGGCCUUCCUACCACACAUAUUGUCCUCGCUGCUGUUUGUCGUCGAAUGACACCCUAGCGCCAAAUUACACGCUUUAUCCACGAGACAGUAGUACGUGUAUAUAUAACCGAGGACAGUACAGGAACGCCUGGAGCACUUUAGGCUAUGUAGCCCAC